AUGCGACGUCAUUUGUUUGAUAUGUUAUCUCGAGGUGUAUUAGAAAUUUUCCCAUCAACUAACACCGCAAGAAGAGCUGGCCGGCCACCAGCAAAUUUGUUCCUUAAUAUACUAGCAAAGAAAGAAAAAUAUGAAUCACUGAAAGACAUAAAUCCGACUAAUGAUAUCCAGAUCAUUGACUGUUUAGCACUUACGUAUAGUACUCAAGAAAAACCAAGUCCUACAUUAAGACAUGCCAACAACGAACAUACUGGGUCCGGCCAAGCCAAACGUAGAAGAAAAAAUACUGAUUACACACAGACUAAGCAAAUACGAAAUACUGAGAGCCACAGGGCCACUCGUCAGAUUCCCGUCAUUAUACAGGCAGAGCAACAACGCAACACGCAGGCUCAUCGUUUAGCUCGUGAAAACCCUAUCUUCCGGGAUACAGAACAGCAGCGAAAUACGCAUGCUCACCGCAUAGCUCGGGAAAACCCAGUCUUUCGUGAUAUAGAGCAACGGCGUGAUACCCAGGCUCACCAAAUAACUCGCGAAGAUCCACAUUAUUCACAAAUUGAACGAGCUAGAGACACCAGAGCUCGACAAUCGGCGCGUUGUAAUUCUAUUAAUGAUUGGGAUAAUGUUAAACGAAAAUAUUUUGAUAACACCAAGGAAGGAUACAAUCAUCCUUGUUCAUGUUGUGGUAGAUUAUGGCACAAAAAUUCUGUAAGGAAACUAAUAAAGCAUUCUAUUUCGACUAAAUAUAAUGCAGAAUUCGCGUUAAGUGUAUUUAAUUUGAAUCCUUGUGAUGAAUCUGCGGAGUUUUGCUGUACGUGUGCUAAAUAUAUAACUCAAGGGCGAAUGCCACGAUUGGCAAUAGCUAAUGGAUUGAAGUUUCCAGAUAUUCUGGAUGUUUUGAAUGAAUUAACUUCAAUGGAGGAGAGAUUAGUAAGUCCUCGUCACGUAUUUUUGAAAAUAGUUCGUAGAGGCCAGGGAUUAGGAUAUCAGCAUAGUUUAUCAGGAAAUGUUAUUAACGUACCUGUAAAAAUUAAUAACAUGGUAAAAGCUUUGCCUCGGUCGAUAAAUGAUGACAAUGUCAUCACUGUAGAGUUGAAGCGUAAAUUCUGUUAUAAACAUGGUCGAAAAAAACAAGUCCGCCCGGAAAUCAUACGGAGAUCAGCGGAAUAUUUAGUAACGUGUGAUCUGUUUCGGACAUAUGGUAUAGAACUUGAAGGUUCGUGGACAAAUAAUGAACCUGAAGACACUGUCGAAUGUACCUGCAGUUCACCUGAGCAGGAGAGCAAUGUUGAUGAGAUCCCUGAUGUAAAUCCUGGUGGCACAGAAACUCUGUUAGAUGAAAACCAAGACCUAACAAUAGUUAUGGCUCCAGGAGAAGGUGAAAGGCCAAUUUCCUUGCUUUUUGAUCGACAUCUGGAAGAGCUGGCCUUCAUAAAAGUACAUUGCGCUAUUGAGCGAAAAUACCACGUGAACUUAAGUCAUUCUGAAGUCACACGUUCAGAAAUUUCCAGAAAUUACAGGCGAGCUGUAAGACCUGAUUACCUAUUUACUGCACUGAAAAAUCAACAAACUAUUGCCGUCAAAAAUAAUGUUACGACCUGUUUACGCAAAAAAAACUGUCAGAGGUGCCACUGUAUUUGCAUGUAA